CAGUACUGGACCAGGCCAGCAGGCCGCCAAUCAACAAACAGCACGAGAAACCAUGGCCCACACACUGGCCUCCAAGGACGUCAGGCAGGGCUACUUGUUGAGGAUCCACUUGUCCUUGAGCUCCUCGAGAGGCCUCCUUGGCUCCUGCCACGACCAUAUGAGCAUACUGGUGGGGCUGUAGGGCGGCGCCACAUCCAGGGGCGUCCUGCCUUGGUUGUCUGCCGUCCCCAGCACCUCACCCACUCCCACCCGGGCCAUCCGGAAGGUGGUCGACUUGCGCUUCACCCUCUCAGCUUCAGCUCCCCUCUUCUCAGCCACAUCCACAUCGUCAUGUCUCCCUCCGUGUCUCUCUUGUUCAUCGCCUCUCUGCCCUGUUGCCCUCUGGUGUGCUUUGUGCAGCUUGUCGAACAUGACUCCAAGGGCCGCGGCGAAGUCUGCAUCGCCCUUCUGCACACAAGAACCACAAGACAUCGGUCACGAGACAAGGGGAGGGAGGUAUACGAACAUUGUAAGUAUUGUGUGGAGACCUUUGCAGCGAUGUGUGCUGCCGUGGAGCCAUUCUCGUCCUGCAGCAGCGGGUCUGCUCCCAGCUCAAUGAGCACGCCUGCAGCCCUUGCCCGGCCGUUGGCGCAUGCGGCCAUCAGGGGCGUCCAGCCGGCAUCGUCAGUGUCAGUGGUCGGUAUGGCAUUGCCCGGUUGCGUGGGAGAGAAGGCCCUGAAAGAGGUUGCACCAGAAUAAAUGUCCUGUCUCUCCCUCUCUGUCUCGCCUCAGGUGACCUGCUGUUGACGUCACAUCCCCCCUGCAGGUGGAGCGUCCGUAUGACCUCCGCAUGGUCCCCCUCCGCAGCCAAGUGGAUCGGCUGACGCCCCUGCACCGAACCGUGCACACACAUACACGGAUUGGAUGAAGACAUGCGACUGCCGACACACCCGUGUGUGUGCCACGUACUCGCAGAGGCAGUGCGUGUGGUCGCGUGAAGAUCGACCGUAUCAGCGGCAUCCUCUGCCCAAGACACUCGCCGACGCGCGGGAUCCCAACAUGGUCGUCACACUUCUCCGGCUGCCCCUCUUUCUCGUCUGUGUCGCCAUUUCUCGGCCUUGUCAAAGGUUGGAACUGGAUCGGAGCUUUCCUCUUGAUGAGGUGCCGCAGAAACAAGACCCUGCCGUUCUGGGCUGCAUAGUGUGCUGCCAGCCAUCCGGCGGGGCUGAGCCGACUCAGCUCAGCGUUGUCCGACCUGUUUCGACGGACAGACGAGACACAGAUUGCAGCCAGCAGAGAGACAGCGCAUUGGCGAGCCGCUCACUCUUUAAGGUUGGCGAGCCGCCUCGUGUCUCCUUCACGAGCAAGGUCCCACACAAUGAGGCGACCCUCCUGCACAAGACGAACCAAGACACCAAGCCAGGAGACUCACUGACUGCCCAGUGUCCAGCACAUCGUUCAUUUCCUACCCAGAUGGCCCCGACAUCGUCAUAGAUAGCAACAGUGGGCGGCGGCCGGCCAGAGGAAUUCGCAAUGGCCAAGUAGAUGGCAAAGGUGUUGCCUCUCGAGUCGCUGUGGCUCUGCAGCAGUGUCCGGUCGGCGUCAAAGUGCAGGAACAGUGCGGCCGCAUGCAAGUGCUGCCCGAUGACGGCGAGGUGCAGGCCGCAGUGUCUGUGCCGGUCCAUAGCGUAGCCGUCUGUGUGGGUGCGCUCCUUGUCUCCUGGCUGCCGCAUCGGCUGGGAGGGUAUCGUGGCGGGGGGGACGGGUCGACGACUGGGGUCAUCUGCAUGGCGAGAAAGGAACCACUUGAUCGCCUCGCAGCACCCGGCCUGACAAAUGAUCAACGCAAGCAAAAAAGUGUGUGGAUACGGCAACGAAGUCCGUGCUCUCUGUUUGUGUGCCUCACCUCCGCAGCCAUGAGCAGGGGUGCUUUCAGGUCGGCGUCCACCUCUUGCAGGUCCGCAUACUCGCGGCACCUGAGAGGCGCGCUCAACAAGCAGUCCUGGCUCCCGAGCUGGUUGCAUCUUGCCGCCAGGUGGAGGGGCGUGCGGCCCCGCAUCGUCCUUGCAGGCAGCCGCAGGGCCGACGUGGUCUGGACAGGCGGCCUGCUGCCUUGCGUCUUUUGUGUGUAUUUGGGGUCAACCUCGAGGGAGCGACGGUCGUGGAGGUGGUAGAGCAGCCGCUCGAGCUCCUGCACCCUCCCCAUCGACGCAGCCAGGUGCAGCCCCGUCCAUCCGCUUUUGUCGGUCUGGAGCACGUCAGUGUCGGGGUAGUCGAGAAGGUACUCAUCUGAGAAUGAAUAAAUGGAGACACACAUGCACUUUGUUUGCCAGAGAGCCCUCAUGUCGAUAUAUCUUUGCUCCAGCAAUCCUUCUCCUUACCCAGUGCCUGGAAGUUGCCCUGCAGGACCAGCGUGCGGACCGCAUCGCUGCCCAGCCUCUCCAUCUUGGCUGCUGUGGCACUGCCCUCAACACUCUCGGCGAUGCGCAUCAUCUUGCCCAUCGAGCUGUCCGAGAGGACAUAGCGGGAGAAGGGCGAGGCCGUGAGGGUCUGGAGUAUCUGGGCGGCGAUGGGGUUGUGGCAGAGCUGCGCGUGCUCCAGCAGAUGGCUGUUGCGCACCGUGACGCGCAGCACCUGCGGGCGGAUAUGGGAGACACGAUCGACCAUCAGAUGGAGGACAAGCUUUAAGGUUUUGUUGCUCGAAGUGAAGUACCUCUAGAGCCCGGAGUUGGUAGUGCUGGUCGAGGUCUGUCAGUUCUUGGUGCGACAUGAGUGCCGCCAGCUUCAGCAGCUUCCCCUCUGCCUUCCUCGCAAACAACAGCGACUCCCUGACAGACAGGCACACACGGACCGAGAGAAAAAGACACAACCACAUCCAAUCUGCACCUCUGUGUGCCGGGACCACAUGCUUACCUGCCGACCAGCCUCUCCAUAUCCCUCGUGUCCUUGACCCCUCUCAGCAAUGGACAGCCGCUCCCCCCCGUCCGCAAAUCGGACGGCCCAGCCUCGCCCGCCGCACCAUAAGCAAGCGGUGGGUGCAGCAGUGUGGUGAGCAUGAAGGCCAGGGCGGUGUUGCAGCCCGGGUAAGUGUUCUUGAUGGCGAAGUGAAUCGGGAGGAAGUGACGACAGUCGGGAAAGAGGAUGAGCGUGUCGUAGCCAUCGGAGACGUCACUGUAGAAUGUCGAGAUGACCUGCCGGACGGCUUGGGGGUCAAAGAGGUCGGACGCUCCUUUGACCUGACACACACACACACACACAUAUUUCAGCCAGGCAAUAGUCGGCGUGUCUCUCUCUCUCUCUCCCUCCCUCCCUGUCUCUCUCUCUCGUCCUCUGUGCGUAUGCAAACCAAUUUGUUGUGUGUGUGUAUUUUCCGCAUGGCGAGUUUCACCGCCCGAAGCCACAGAUGGCCCAGGAUGACACGAAUGCAGGGCGUGUCACCGCUGCAGUGCACACACGACACCGAUCCUUCAAUGAAUACAUCAACAGCCAGGCGGGCCGCCCACCGGUAUCCGGCGUAGUGCAUCGGCGCGCGGCCGUGACGGUCAGGUGGCGAGAGAGGCGAACCGACAGACAGCAGUGCAUCGCACGCCGCUGCGUCGCCCGAGAAGGCCGCAUGGUGCAGAGGGAGACGGAGGGCGCUGCCAUCCUCCUACCGCACACACGCAUUCAUUGACGUGGUCGAGCAGAGUUGUCUCGAGGUGGCACACUGACCUCCACCAGCUGUUUUGCGGUGUAAGUGGCUUUGUCAUCCCCCCUCAAAUCCGCCUCGUGGAUCUUCUUGCAGAUGUAACGGACCCAGUUGGUCCUCUCUGCACACAAACAACAGCAUCCACAUAGAGACAGACAUACAGAAAUGGCUGGCUGGCUGGCACAUUGCGAGUGUACCUUCAUGAGCCGUGCUGAAGAGGUUUGGGGAUGUAGUGUGCGCCGGUCUGUCGAUGACCAGCGGCGGGAUGGCUUCAAGGAUCUCUGCCCUCCCCUCAACGUCUGCAUCCUCUGCAGCCACACCCCUGCCCGCUGGUGCCUCAGCAACAGCCCCUUCUCGAGUGGCCGUCUCCCUCUUGUCGAUGGCUGUGCCGUCGAGCAGAUCUUGAAGUGCUGCUGCAUCCCUCUCAGCUGCGGCAGCCUCUGGCGUCCUCUGAGAACUAUGGCCCUUGCCAAACAGCCCGGCCAGCGCCGCGUCAUCGGCUCUCUCCCUUCGUCCAUCAGCGGGCUCUUCUGUUCGUCCAUCACUCGCUUGAAUCAGAUGCCGUGGGGCGGUUUCCUUUGGCGCCUUGGGCGGUGCUGAAGGGGCGCUUUUGUCAGCCAGAAGGGACGUCAGUGCAUCGUCGUCGGUGCGGCUUCGGGGCGGCUGUCGAGUGUGCGGCUGCCGAGGGUGUGGGGGCUGUGGUCGCAGAAGGGCUGCGAGUGCUGCGUCGUCGGCAGCUCCCGCCGCUAUUGGUGCCGCAGAAGGUUGAGAAGGCGCAUCCAU